AUGCGCCCCGGGCGCCGCCGCUGCUGGGCGCUGGCCCUCCUCGGCCUCGGGCUGCCUGCACGUGACCUGCCGCCCGCGGCCGCCCCUCCGGCGGGCUCGGCGCCGCCCCCGCCUGCCUCGCACGGCCACGGCGCCGACGCGGGCCGGCCCCCGCCGCGCGUGCGCGUGUCGCGCACCGCGCGCGGCCUGGAGCUGCACGUCGACGGCACGCUGGCCUCGCUGGUGGCCGCGGGCUCUGGCAGCUGCGGCUCCGUCUGGGGCGCGCUGGCGGCGCCCCUGCUGGCCCUGCCGCCCUGCCGGAGGACCCGCGUGCUGAUCCUCGGGCUCGGCGGGGGCAGCGCCGCUCGAGCGGUGCGGGCGCUGGCGCCGGGGGCGCAGAUCGUGGGCGUGGAGCUGGAGCAGGAGGUGGUGGACGUGGCUCGGUCGCAGCUCGGGCUCGACGACCUGGGCGUGGAGGUGGUGGUCGGCGACGCCCUGGACUUCCUCCAGCGUGAGGGUCGCCGCUUCGACAUGAUCAUCGAGGACGUGAAUGGCGGGGGCUUGCACAAGCCUGGCUGGAUCCCCGUUCCGGGCCACGACCUCUGCGGACGAUUGCUGGCCGACGGUGGCGUGCUGGUGAGCAACACCUUCUUAAACGGGGACAGCGCUUCGGUGGUGGGUGCCCACCUCUCGGCACGAUACCCUGCAGUCCUGCAGAUGACGCUGAGCACCUGCGGCAAUGCCGUGUUUGUGGCCAGCGGUGGGACUUUGAGCGCUGAGCAGCUGAGGGCCGCGGUGACAGGGUCCCCAGUUCUGCGCGACAGCAGCCGCACCAUGGUGAUCGAGGACGCGCGGGAACAUGUGAGGGCCGCGCUAGCCGCGCCUCUGCUUGUGCUGCCCGAGCGUAGGCGGAGGCAGGUGCUGCUUCUCGGGGUGGGCGCCGCUGGUGCGGCCGCACAGCUUGAGAUCCUGGACGGCAUAGAGCUGAUCGUGGGCGACGCCGUGGAGUACCUGGAGGCGGAGCAGCGGCUCUUCGAUGCGAUAGUGGCGGAGGCCUGCUACCAGCAGCAGCCUGCCCGCGCGCUCGAGCUCAUGCAAGGCCGCCUGGGGGACGGCGGCGUGCUGGCGGUCGCCACGGUGUGCGGCGGCGGGCGCGCUGGGGACGACGGCGCGGGCGCCCUGCUGCGGGGCGCGCUCCCAGGCCACCUGCGGGUCUCGCUGCCGGGCGGCUACGUCGUGCACGCGGCCUCGCGCAGCCCGCUCGACGCCGCCGCCUUCCGCGCCGCGCUGGGCCAGUCGCCCUCGCUGGCGCGCAGCCGCGGGGCGAUGCGCAUCGAGCCGCUGGCGCUGCUGGGGCCGCGGUGA